AUGAUUGUUAAAGGGCUUUCACAUAUUCAUCGCAAAGAAAUCGUCUAUUGUGAUCUCAAACCGAAGAACAUUCUUCUGUUUCAUUCAUUAGACAAAGAGAGUGCAAACUAUCAAUUGAAGAUCGCGAAUUUUCGAUUAUCUAAGACCAAAAAGGAGGAAGCAGAUGUCGUGGUUUGGAAGUCCAAGCCUAGAGGUACGUCGUCGUACUUGUCGUCGGAGGCAUUUUCCAGUCAUAUUGAUACUCCGAUAGAUAUAUGGGCACUUGGCUGCAUAGUAGUUGAAAUGCUAACUGGAUUGUCUGCACGGGGUGAGAGCUUUUUGCGUACUGAGGAGUAUUUGAGGUUCUUCGUUGAGUAUCUUGAACUAUCAUCCAAGAAGUCAAAAGGAAUCAGUAUUUUCUGUUAUGAUUUUUUGAAAAAGUGUUUUAUGAAGGAUCCUACCAAGAGGUGGACUGCUGAGAUGCUUCUUGAUCAUCCUUUCCUUUAUAUCACACUUUUUCAUUCAUAUCAUUCAUUUCUUUAUGGUUCAUGUAGUUAG